AUGCUACCACAGCUGACACCCAGCCCAGACUGCAGGCAGGGCUCGAGCACGGAGGAUUUACUGCUCCACAGAAGGCACAGCUCAACUGGCAGCCAGCAGAGCAGCACAAUCAUUUGGAGCACAGAUGAGAGGAGCCUGUCAGCUUGGAGGUAUCUCUGGAGAUGCUCCCCCCACCUACAAAGACCUGGUUCAGCUUGCUUCCACAGGCCCCAUGACCCCCCUGGACAAACAACAGCCUCAUUCUCUGCACCGCUGCUGACCUCAUUGUCUCUUUGUGAAGGGAAAAUCCAGAGUUGCAUUCUGUUAAAUGGUGCAUCAACUGCGAGCGGGACAGACCUCUCUACCUCUGGCACAGGCCUACAGAUGAGCCCGGACACCGCUGCCUUUUCCUCAGAGCCUGACAGGUGCUCUGUUGCUGAGGAGCAGAUGAGUCUUGAUGGAGACACUUUAUCAGUGAUUGAGAACCCGGUGGCUGUCAGUCAACCCUUCCACUCAGAGAAAACAGCAGGAGUCGAAGAGACCAAGGGAGUGCAGAGCUGGUUAAAAGGGAUUCAUUCUACACCUCACACUCACAGGCUGGUGAGGCUCCUGGCAGCAGUGUGUGCAGUUGGACUCCUGGGAGGCUUAGCUGUAGGUGUCUGGUUUCUAGUCAAACUUCUACUGAGGCCCUCUUCCCCUCAAAGCCCAGUGGGACUAGGGGAUGCUAAGGAGACGUCCUUCUGCAAUGUGACAGAGGAGAUUUCUAUCUCUGACCCCAGGAAAGUGUUUUACAGAAUCAGCCCGGAGAACUCCCUCCUGGAGAUCCAGCUGGGGAAACUGCCCACCUGGCUGCCGGUGUGCUACGAGAGGUGGAAUUCUUCGCUGGGAACACUGGUCUGCAGACAGCUGGGAUAUCUGAGACUGACUGAGCAUAAAGGAGUGAAUCUAACUGAUAUUGGGCCAAACUAUACUGAUGGCUUCAUACAAAUUACCUCAGAAUACAAGAGCAAUCUGGAAAAUAUGUGGCAAUUCAGGGGGAGCUGUAUCACAGGGAAGGUUAUCGCUUUGCAAUGUUUUGAGUGUGGUACAAGAGCGAAGCUGCCCAGGAUAAUCGGGGGAGUCGAGGCCACACUGGGCAGGUGGCCCUGGCAGGUCAGCCUCUACUACAGCAACCGCCACACCUGCGGAGGCUCCAUCAUCACCAGUCAAUGGGUCGUCACAGCUGCCCAUUGUGUGCACAACUACAGGCUACCUCAGGUAUCCAGCUGGGUGGUCUACGCAGGCAUUGUGACCCGCAGCUCGGCUAAAAUGGCUCAACACACAGGGUACGCUGUGGAGAAAAUCAUCUACAACAAGAACUACAACCACAGGAGCCACGACAGUGAUAUAGCCCUGAUGAAACUGCGGACUCCGCUGAAUUUCUCAGACACAAUUAGACCCGUGUGUUUGCCUCAGUACGACUAUGAUCUUCCAGGGGGUACGCAGUGCUGGAUCUCUGGAUGGGGAUACACACAGCCUGAUGGUGUUCACUCACCUGACACCUUGAAAGAGGCACCAGUUCCCAUAAUAAGCACAAAAAAGUGUAACAGCUCCUGCAUGUACAAUGGAGAGAUCACAUCACGGAUGCUUUGUGCCGGAUACACAGAGGGAAAAGUGGAUGCAUGUCAGGGGGACAGCGGGGGUCCUCUGGUUUGCCAGGAGGACAACGUGUGGAGGCUGGUGGGGGUCGUUAGCUGGGGAACAGGCUGUGCUGAGCCCAACCAUCCAGGGGUUUACACCAAAGUGGCUGAAUUCUUGGGCUGGAUCUACGAAAUGAUUGAGAAUUACUGAGGGAUCAUGAAGCACAACAAGCAGAGGACGCUACUAAUAACAGAAACUUAAAAAUAACUUUUAAAAAAUAACAUAGUCAGUAUUUUUACUCUAAAUGUCCGUUAUAUCAUGUAUACACAAAGGCAGGCUGGAGACAUCAAAAUGCAUUUUUACGUUGUAUUUUUCAUGUAUCA